AUGAGCAAUCCAACUACAACAUCAACCAGAAAACGAUUAGAUCCAAGAAUCCAAUCCUUAAUCAAAAACUCAAUCAAAACAAACCAUAGAUCAUUCUUUAUUAUCUUGGGAGACAAAUCAAAAGAUCAAGUCGUUAAUUUACAUUUCUUAUUAUCUCAAUCAAGACAUACUUCAAGACCUAAUGUAUUAUGGUGUUAUAAAAAAGAAUUAGGAUUUACUUCUAAUCGAAAGAAAAGAGAACAAAAGAUUAAAAGAGAUGUUAAGAAAGGUCAGAGAGAGAUUGGUGAUAUGGAUCCAUUCGAAUUAUUUGUUUCUUUGACUGAUAUUAGAUACACGUACUAUAAAGAUACGGAAAAGAUUCUAGGUCAAACUUUUGGCAUGGUAGUUUUACAAGAUUUUGAAGCUUUGACUCCCAACUUACUAGCUCGAACGAUCGAAACUGUCACUGGGGGAGGAAUCGUAGUACUUUUACUCAACACAAUGAAAUCACUCAAACAACUUUACACGAUGAGUAUGGAUGUUCAUGAACGUUAUAGGACUGAAGCAUAUCACGAUCUAGUAGCACGUUUCAAUGAACGAUUCUUAUUGAGUUUAGGACCCUUUAAAGAUUGUUUAGUAUUAGAUGAUGAAUUAAACGUAUUACCUAUCAGUGCAGGAAAAGAUAUCGAAUUAUUAGAUGAUGAAGAUAUAGAAAGAUUACAAAAAGGUAAAGGGAAAUCAAGACAAAGUGAAUUAGAAGGAAUUAAAGAAGAACUUAAAUCUACUAUACCUAUUGGUCCGAUCAUUCAACUUACCAAAACGAUUGAUCAAGCUAAAGCUUUAAUGGAAUUCACUUCUAGUAUUACUGAAAAAACUCUUUCUUCUACUGUUGCACUGACGGCGGCUCGAGGUCGUGGUAAAUCGGCUGCUCUUGGAUUGGCUAUCACUGCUGCUAUUGCUCAUUCAUAUUCUAAUAUCUUUGUUACUUCACCAAGUCCUGAGAAUUUGAAAACUGUUUUUGAGUUUAUCUUUAAAGGAUUAGAUGCGAUUGGUUAUGAGGAACAUUUAGAUUAUGAUAUACAUCAAUCUACUAAUCCAGAAUGGCAUAAUUGUGUAGUCAGAAUCGAUAUUUUUAGACAACAUAGACAAACCAUUCAAUAUAUUGAACCUCAAGAUUAUAAAGUUUUAGGACAAGCUGAAUUAGUGGUGAUAGAUGAAGCUGCUGCUAUCCCCAUUGGAUUUGUAAAGAAUUUAAUUGGACCUUAUUUAGUUUUUAUGGCUUCUACUAUCAAUGGUUAUGAAGGGACUGGUCGUUCACUUUCACUUAAAUUGAUUGCACAACUUCGAGAACUUUCAAGGAAACCAGUACCGAUUACGACUGCGACGAAUCGGGAUCAAGAAGAUGGUCCAUCUUCUACUGAUAAAGCUGUGACUCAUCAAAAACCUAAAUUGUCAAGAUCGUUAAAGGAAAUCAAGUUGGAAGAACCUAUUAGAUAUUCAGAAGGUGAUGGGGUUGAGAAAUGGUUAAAUGAAUUAUUGUGUCUCGAUGUUCAAACUUCUACGUCUUCCAAGACUCUUCAGGGUUGUCCUCAUCCUAGCAAGUGUGAACUUUACUAUGUGAAUCGAGACACAUUGUUCAGUUAUCACCCAGCCUCUGAAGCUUUCCUACGACGAAUGAUGUCACUGUAUGUUGCAAGUCAUUAUAAGAACUCACCUAACGAUCUUCAACUGAUGAGUGAUGCACCAUCUCAUCAAUUAUAUGUACUUUUACCACCAUUGAAAGAUGAAGAUCAUGGGAACCUUCCCGAACCAUUGGUGGUGAUUCAGAUCGCAUUGGAAGGUAAGAUCUCAAGACCAAGUGUGAUUGCAAGUUUGAAUAGAGGGAUCAAAGCAUCAGGAGAUCUUAUUCCAUGGACGAUCUCACAACAAUUUCAAGAUGAAGAUUUCCCUACACUUUCAGGUGCAAGGAUCAUUAGGAUCGCUACUCAUCCAGAUUAUUCUAGAAUGGGAUAUGGAACUAGAGCGAUGGAAAUCUUGGAUUCAUUCUUUAAUGGAAAACUAGUGAAUUUAAAUGAAGAGAUUCCAAUGAAGAACUCAACUGAAAAAGUCCGUAAAUCAGUCAUCAAAGAAUCAGAUGAAAUCAAUGGAAAUGAAAUUAAAGCAAAAGAAUCAAAUGAAUUACCUGCCUUACUUGAAAGAUUAAAUGAUCGAGAACCUGAGCGAAUAGAUUAUCUUGGAGUGAGUUUUGGAUUAACUUCAACACUUUUAAAGUUUUGGAAAAAGUUGGGAUAUCUUCCGAUUUAUAUUAGACAAACUGAAAACGAACUAACAGGUGAACAUACUGCUGUGAUGUUGAGAAGUUUAUGUCAAGAAAUCAGUGAUCAGUCUUAUACGCCUGCUGGAUGGCUUACUGCAUUUGCUUUGGACUUUCGUAAACGGUUCAUUGCUUUAAUGUCUUACAAGUUUAGAGAAUUUUCUUCGAUCAUGAGUCUUAGCGUACUUGAAGCAGCCAAUGCAGGUCAAUUAGUUGAAAAACGAGGAUUAGUGUUAAAUUCAACAGAGAUUUCAAGACAUUUUACACCCUUCGAUUUAAAAAGAUUAUCAAGUUAUUCUAAUAAUAUGUUAGAUUAUCAUGUGAUCUUAGAUCUUUUACCUUCUUUAACUGAAUUAUAUUUUAGUGGUCAGUUUAAUUCUGAAACUAGAUUAACUGGAGUUCAAUCUUCGAUUCUUUUGAGUUUAGGAUUACAAAGGAAAUCAGUUGAAGAGAUUGAGAGAGAAAUCAAAUUACCUGUUUCUCAAACUUUAGCUUUGUUUGUGAAAGUGGUUAGGAAAUUGAUUAAAUCGAUUGAAGAAAUCCAAAAGAAUGAAGUAGGAUCUAAACUUAUAUCCAGUCAUCAAGAAAAUCAAGAUCCUAAAGGUUUACCUGAUCAAGACCAAUCUACUAAAACUAAGACGUUGGAUUUCUUACCUAGAGUUAAAACUCAAAAAUCAAUGGUUAACGAAUUAGAAAUUGAAGGAGAUGAAGUUCAAAAACAAUUGGUUGAAAGACAAAGAGAAUUAAUUGAAAGUCUUGAUUUAUCUCAGUAUGCAAUUGGUGGUGAAGAAUCAGAUUGGAAACAAUUAGAAAACAAAUUAGAAUCAGUGAUUGAAAAGAAUGAAAAUGAAGAUGAAAAUAGUAAUGGUAAUAGAUUGAUUAGUAUUAAAAAUUCGAAUUCGAGUAAACUUAAUAAGAAACGAAAAUCGAAUGAUGAUGGCUUAGGUAAAGAGAAAUCCAAUCAGAGUCAACAUCUGAAUAAGAAAUCUAAUAAGAAACAUAAGAAGAAAUCUACUUGAUCUGCUUACCCUUCUUAACUUUCUUAAUCUUUUCUCUUUGGUUUUGGUUUUGGGUUUGUUUUCAGUUUUAUGGAAUUAAGAAAGUCUUGUAUGGAUUGGAUACGUAGUAGGCUAUAAACAAAUUACAUGCAUGAAGUAAUGAUAACAUACCAUCAAUCCAUAAGUUUCCAAACC